AUGAUUUCUCGUCGGGCGUUGAAGCCGUAUCUGGCUGAGUUUCUCGGCACAGCCCUGCUUAUCGUGAUUGGCGAUGGCGUUGUCGCUCAAUGCCUGCUAUCUGAGUAUCAGUACGGCACCUGGCUGUCCAUCAACAUCGCUUGGGCCAGUGCUGUCUGCCUCUCCAGCUUCCUGUCUGAUCCCAGCCCGACCAUUAACCCGGCCGUGACUAUCUGCACAGCCCUUGUGCGUCCAUCCCCCGGUCAAUGGAAGACCAUUCCAGGCAAGCUGGCUGCGCAGUUCCUGGGCGGGUUCGUCGGAGCUGUCAUCGUGUACAUCAACUACUUUUCGGCCAUCAAAGCUUGGGACCCGGAAUACACCAUUCCCGGUGGUUCUAUCUUGAGCCCGACCGGACAUCACUCGGCGGGUAUCUUCUCGACGUACCCGUCUUCGUUCUUCCAGUCGAACUGGGAGGCUGUGUUUUCUGAGGUGUUAGGUUCAGCUGUGCUGAUGUUUGGAUGCCUCAGCAUUUCGAACCCAGGAAAUGCCCAGCGGUUCACUGCUCCCCAUCUUUCUCUCUUUCUGCUGUUGCUUAUGAUCGGAGCGGCGUUGGGCUGGCAGACCGGCUAUGCUCUCAACCCCGCCCGAGACUUUGGUCCGAGGGUGUUCUCUGCCAUCAUCUAUGGUCGGGAAGUUUUCACGGCGGCUGGCUACUACUUCCUUGUGCCUCUCUUCGCCCCUGUUCUUGGCUGUGUCGUAGGUGCGGUGACCUAUGACAGUAUGCUCUUCGAGGGAGACGGAUCGCGAGUUACCGAUGCGCUGGACAAGGCCGAGGGUCACGGAUCUCUUCGACUGGAUUAA